AUGCUCGCUGUCGAACGCGCCUCGCUGCCGGCUAUGGCCUCUGAUAGGCCUGACGAUCAAUCUGAGGAAAAGAUCGAGCACACUGGACCUGAUGUCAUCCAGCCCCAUGCUCUCAUCGACCACCUGCUUCCACAACAACUUGGCCGAGGAGUGCUUAUUCCUCUGAAGACGACUUUGGAAAUCCGACAAGACCACACCAUUGUUCAGGCUUUGAUCACGAGGGCUCCAUCUACGUCUACUAACAAUGUCGUCAAUCUGAUCCGCUCGAUGCUCCCUGAAGGCGUGGCUAACAACUUGCCUCACUUGCGAAGAUGUGCGAAGCCAGCGGAUAUCCCGGCUCAUCUCAAAACACAGUUCAUGAACGACUCCCCCGAAGGCCGCCAAGUCCACACGGGUAAAUCCACCUGGAUCUACAUCAUGCUUGGUGAAGAGAAAGACUUCGAUAAGCACGACUUGGUCGCAAAGCUGAGAGCCAUCGAAGGAAUGGAUGAGAGCGUCUUCCUCACCAAGAUCCCGAUUCCCAUGGUACCGCCUACUUCUCAGGUGCAGGCAGCUAUGUGGACCUCGCAGUUCUGGCCUACGGUGUAUAGAAAGAACAACCCUCUUGGACCGCACCCUAGCAUGGUGGGACGAUCAACGGAAACUAUCAAGGAUGAGACAUCUCUGUGGAUGACCUUGGCCCAUCGCGUCGCCUUCCAGGCAAAGAAGGCGGGUAUCGGUGAACCCAUGGGUGCCGUCAUCGUCCAGCGCGAAGGGGGAAAAUCCCACCUCGUAGCGGUUGCCGGAGAUGCUCGUUGGCACCAGGAGCCCAAUAGAAGCGGUACCGGCAACCCCAUGGGUCACUGCGUGCUCAGAGCUAUCAGCAUGGUGGCGCAGAAGCUUGUGCGACACGAGAGACGUGCAGCCGGCCGCUCCCACGUGCCGGCUAUCCUUGAAUACGACACUUUUCAAGAUCUUCCGCUCUUGGAAGACGAGCUUACGGUCCAUGAAGACGAGCAUCCCAACGCGGACGGCUACCUGUGCCACGGUAUGGAGAUGUACUUGACUCACGAGCCUUGCGUCCAAUGCUCGAUGGCUAUCCUUCACUCGCGGAUGGGCAAGGUCGUCUUCGCUCAACGCAUGCCACUUACUGGGGGCAUGUGCUCGGAAGAUCGAGGACAUGGCCAUCCCGAGCUGGAGAACUGCGGUGGAGGCGAGGGUCUUGGCCUCUUCUGGAGACGUGAGCUGAACUGGAGCUUGUUGGCGUGGGAGUGGGAAUCGAGCGACUGCGUGGGACCUUUGCCGCCGGUUGAUCACAGAGUCCAUGCUUAG